UAAUUUGGAUAGUCGGACAUUUUCAAGACCGAUCGAUCAUGAAUCUCGUUGGUGUUCUGCGCUCUCAUCGCCACGCGUUGCUGCGUGUUGCAGCCGCAACUAUAACCAUAGAAUCCGUUAUUCCUAAAGUUCAGAUUGCGGGGUUGUCUACUUCGUCGAACGCGCACUUGAAGGACAAAAAGCCAAUCCUGGAACUGCUUCAGCGCGUGGCAGAUGGAGAAGUAUCACCUCAAGAUGCGGCGGAGCUCUGCGGCCCUACAGCUGAAUAUGAGGCAGUGGGAGAUUUUGCAAAGAUUGACACAAAACGAGAGGCACGUACGGGUUUCCCAGAAGUGGUGUAUGCUGAGAGCAAGACCUCGGAGCAAGUGGCAGCUAUCAUGAAAGUCAUGAUUGACGGAGGCGAAGACAAUGUGAUGGCUUCACGCGUUACACGGCAAGCUGCUGACGAGAUCCGCGCUCUGAUUCCCGGUCAUCAUUUGACGUACUACGAGGUGCCACGGAUUUUGACAUCGAAAUCGCUGGAGAAUACACCGAAGAAAACGGAAGAAGAGGAAAAGGACACCCCCACUGCAUGUGUGCUCUGUGCCGGCACUUCCGAUCUUCCCGUCGCAGAAGAAGCCGCUGUCACACUUGAGCUGGCCGACUACCGAGUCACCCGAUUGUAUGACGUGGGUGUAGCUGGAAUUCAUCGCUUGUUGCGCAACCAGCACAUUCUGCGAGCAUCGGACGUCGCCAUUUGCGUUGCUGGGAUGGAUGGCGCUCUGCCUGGUGUUGUGGGAGGCCUCACGUCUUCUCCAGUGGUUGCAGUCCCUACGAGCGUCGGAUACGGUGCAGCGUUUGGCGGCCUGGCACCGCUGCUAACGAUGCUCAACGCGUGUUCUCCUGGCGUCGGCGUCGUUAACAUCGACAAUGGCUUCGGCGCCGCCGUCCUCGCAGAUGAACAACUGAAGAGGAUCGCCGAGUUUGGACGUGUACAUGGGACGAUUAUGCAGGAAGCGAGGCAAUACGUAAACAAUACGGAGAUGCAGUUGAGGCACCAAUUUGAAGAGGAGAGAGCGUCGCUACGUGCUCAAGCGGAAGAACACAAGUACAACCAGGGGGCGGCAAAGUCGACGAGAACUUAG